GUACAAUAGUUCACACAUCAGUCGUACCUGCUGCAAAAUGGCCGCUAUCAUCGACAAGCUGAAGAAGAACAAGCCAUUGGCUCAAGGCUCAAAGCUGCCGACCGGUCACAAGAUCAAGGAGGACAACCCACAGCAGGGUACUAUCGACCUUGCGACGCUUGCUGGAAAGAACAUCAUUGUUGGUGUUCCAGGCGCCUUCACGCCACCAUGCUCCAGCCAGGUUCCAGGCUACGUUGAGAAGGCGGACGAGUUCGCUGCCAAGGGUGUUCAGGGCAUUUACAUCGUCGCAGUCAACGAUGUCUUCACUACAAAGGCCUGGAAGGAGCACCACAAGUGGAACCAUCCGCUUGUUCACAUCCUCGCUGAUGACACUGGUAACUUCACACAUGAGGCCGGUCUGAGCUUCGAUGCCAGCGGACUGCUUGGCAACCACCGCUCGUCUAGAUACGCAGCUAUCGUUGAAAACGGCGUCGUCAAGAGCAUCUUCGUCGAGGAUGAGGUUCCAAGCGUCACGGUCACCGCCGCCGAGAACGUUCUCCAGGCCGUCUAAGUCAAAGAAGAGAUUGAUUGAGGGGAGGAGUGCGGCUAGGGAUCCGUAAAUACUCCUUUUAUACGGCCCGGCCUGCUGUUGUAGAUAGCGUUUUUUAUGCCGUGAAUGUAUCCGAUUGACUGAUG